AUGUCUUCAUCUGCAAAACAUCUUAUUGUUAUCAUUGAUCUUAAUCCUUUUUAUUGGUCUGAUAAAGUCUCAUCGUCAGCGACAUUAAAUUUCAAGCAAUACCUUAAAAUUAUCAUACAAUUUUGUAAUGCAUAUAUCGCAUUUGAUAUUAAUCAUCGUUUAACAAUAGUCGGCUGUUCAAACAAUGAAACCUGUUUUCUUUAUCCUGAUCCAACAAGUGAAUCAUUAAUAAUUCCUACCGUAACAAAAACAAAUCUCUUCGAACAAUUAUUUGUGAUUGAUCGUAUUGUAGAAAAUAAUGUUAAAGAAUUCAUGCAAAAUGUAUUACCUUCGCAAACUUCAACUGGUUCAAUGAUAACCAUGGCGGUAACACAAGCGCUUUGUUAUAUCAAUCGUCUUAUACGUGAUACAGUACCCGGUGAAAAAACUUCAUAUAGAAUAUUAAUUAUUCAAACCACAGCUGACACAUCAAAACAAUAUAUGAAUUUUAUGAAUGCAGUUUUUACAUCAGAAAAAAUGAACGUACCUAUCGACGGUUGUAUACUUAACAAUGAUUCUAGUCUUUUACAACAAGCUUGCGAUUUAACAUCCGGUAUAUAUUUACGUGUACCUGAUCCCAAUGGUUUAUUGCAAUAUUUGCUUUGGCUUUAUUUAACUGAUAAGGACGUUCGUAAGAUGCUUGCAUUACCGACUAAAGUCGCUGUUGAUUAUCGUCCAGCCUGCUUUUGUCAUCAUAAAUUAAUUGAUACAGGUUAUGUUUGUUCAGUAUGUUUAUCUAUUUAUUGUGAUAAUGCCGCAACAUGCACAACAUGUCGUUCAGCUUUUGAUGUAAAUAGUUCAUCUAUGUCAACUGCAAGCGGGGCAAAUGAUGUGUCUAGACGGCAACUUCGAUAA